CUUAAUUUGGAUUGAAUUAAAUAUGCAUCUUUGAUAAUUUUCCAUUUCCCUAUUUCAUCUUCGUCUUUCCAUAUAGUACUGAGAAUUCAAAAGUAUCUGAGUAAGCAAUUCACAUUAAGCAGCAACCCGGAAUGAAUUUAGACUGGUCAGCAUCACUGCAGCGGCAACCAAAAGCAGCUGAUGAUCCCACGACACAAGUUAUAACUUAUAUGUGCUCAUUUUCCUUCCUCACACAUUCCUCAUGUCCUCCUCGUUUCUCUUUUAUUUUUACACAUUUCCCUUUUCCCUUUUCUUUUUUUUUUUUUUAAAUUAAAUUCAAACAAAUUUCCAAUUUUUUUUUCUCUUCUUCUCUGCUGUCCCCAUCAGAGUUUCCCACUGCAGCAAAAAAAUGAGUCAAAGUUGAAAUCUUUACAUUCCCCAAUCUCUCUCCAUUCUCCCCCAACUACUCCCACCAUUUUUCUCAGUACAUUCAAAAAGUUUCCACCAACGAAGCCCCAUUUCCUUGUGAUUCUAAAAGGGGGAGGGAAAAAAAUACAUGAUGGAAAUGACCACCGGGAAGAAUUGCAAUUGCAAAGAUGAAACCCAUCAUCAUCAUCACCAGAAAAUCAGAGCAGAUAUGCAGAAAUCGUCAAAUGGGUUCUCCAGAUCAAGGAUUCAAGAAAGGCAAUUAGCUUCAGUUCCGGAAACCCUCGCAGCCCGGUUUGAACAGAGUGUGAACAUCUCGAAGAAGAACACUCCGCCGUCCGAACAGGAACUGAAGUUAGCGGCCAUGGCGAUCAAUCUUAACGUCCGCUUGAGGAUAUCAGAUAUGCCGAUAACCAUGCAAGAGCAUGCACUUCGCUUCGCGCGGUUACUCGUCGGCGCCACCGCCCCCGCCACCGCCGCCGCCGCUCCUCCGCCUCCUCAGCGCCUUUCUUCCACCCUCCUCGCCCGUUCCCUCAAACGGGAAUUUGAUGGGCGGUAUGGUCCUGCGUGGCAUUGUGUGGUGGGCAAGAGUUUCGGGUCGUUUGUGACACAUUCGGCCGGUGGGUUUGUGUAUUUCUCGUUGGAUUCGCUGUCUUUCCUGCUGUUCAAGACGGAAGUUCAGUUAGUCAAAGAUUCGCCAUUGGAACGAGCUUGAAAAUGCAAAUACUAGUAAUAAGCGAUUCUAGGUGUAGACUGGUUAAUGUGUUAAUUAAUUAGUGAUUAACAGUUCUCAAAGUCUUUCUAUCUUUUGAUCAGAUGGAUGUAAUAUCAAAAGGUCUAAUCAAUGGUGAUGAAAUGACAUAUCUUAAUAAUAGUAGUAUUGGGUUGAUUGACAGAACAUGUUUCACCAUCAUCAUCAUCCCAAGUUGCCUAACUGCUCUCUGUUCUGUGCUCUUUUCUCUGAACCUCUGCACCUCUUGGCCUGCUUUGUCCUUUCUUCUUCUGCUUCUGGUCCUGGUUAUCAGAGAUGAUAUGUACACGCAAAGCUUUUAUUUCAGAAGAUAAUCUUCUUUCUGGAUUUUGAAUAUUUGAUCUUUGGAGUUGUUGUUUGGUUUGGGGGUGAGGGGAAAUGGAGCUAGAGCUGCCUAGCCAGAGGAGUAGGAGGUCCAUUUUCCAAGGACUGAUAUCUUCUUCAUUUUGUUUGUACUACUCGAAAAUUUGGUCGAGGGUUUUCAUCACUUGACCAUUAAAUUAAGGAUUAUAUUACAAUUGGAACUUAAAAUCAUGCAGGAAUGAAAAUCGUUAACCACUAACCGAAGAAUGAACGAACUGUUAACACUGGC